AUGUCAACUGAAAACGAUUUAGAAGCUUAUCCAAAUGAUCCAGAAAUAGAUUUAGAUAAUAAUUCUGUUACUUUUAGUGCAAAAGACUAUCACCAUGCGAGCCUAUCACCAUCGUUGGCCACUGUUAAUAGUGGCGCCACCACCGGUGACAACCAACAACAUCACCAAACGCUUCAAUUUCAACAUCCAUAUCAACCUACCAAUAGCAACAAUAGUAGGUCAAUAAAUUCUACGACAAUAGCUGACAACAACGAAUCAUUACAUUCAUGUCUUCAGAAUUCCAAUAUUUCAUCUUCCAACCAAACACCGUACGCCGAAUUCUCGACAAAAGCAUCGACCGAUGAAUUUGUACAUAUGACAGGUAAUCCACCUUCAAUGUUGGCGCUUUUUGGUCGAAUUUUUAUGUCCUGGUUGUUUGGUCUCGUUAAUAUGAUUAUUCUUAUGCUUUUUAAUCCACAGUUUCCAAUGCAUUUCAUUUGGGGUGUGCUAUCCGUCGGUUGUCUGAUGACUGCCAUUUUCGCCGUAACAUGGGCGUCGCUUCUCUUGAAGUUCCGUAUCACUUUUCUCAUUAUAUUUACAUCGGCCAUCUAUUGGUUGGGUACACCAAUUACAUGGCAUAUCCUCUAUGCAAGCAAUCAGUAUCCUCCACCCAUUGGAGUAUUUACUUGUAUCUUCCCAUUCGAAGGUGUAAUGCUUGUGCUUCUUUGUUUCCUGCUGCCACGUGUCGUCAGAAAUCAAACCGACAACCGAAAGAAAAUUGUCGCAGCAUACUCAUCGCUGAUUGCACCGUAUCUAAGUUUCGUAAGUGGAUUGGUUUAUUUCAGACUCUUCCAGUACUCAACAACCAAUGUCGGUAGAAUUUUGCUGCCACCAGCUUACACCGUCGUAAUGAAGUGUAUUCAAUUGGGUCUGGAUAUUAUUUGUGUGCGUUGUGCUCACUCUGCUUCGAAUUUACUGAUUAUCAUUGGUAGAGUCAUCGCUUCAUACUACUCAUUUGCUGUGCUCAGUUAUGUACGUAAUCCAGUUGCCAUUGUUUCCAUUGUUUUCUCAAAGCUAGGAUUGCAUUUGUUCAUGUCGAUUUUCAUGGUGUUCCCAAAGGUGGAACAAAAAAUUACUGCAUGGCUGCCAAGAGGAUUGCUCGGUUGGAAGAGCAAAUUUGAAAAGGGUGUGAUGGAAGACCAUGAGAAUGACGGUGCCACCCAAGUUGUCAUUAGAAAUGAAUUUGACAAGAUGAUGUUUGAAAGCGAUGCCCAGUACUGUAGAUUGCAUUCCGAUGCAACCAAUCUUUGGUUCUCAAUGUUCUCUGAUCUUUUGGCGAUCGUUAUGAUUUCCACGCUGUACACCAUGGGUCGUUUCGGUCCAACCAAUUAUCACUAUAAUUUGAUGUUCCCAUUUGGUCCGUUGGGAGACGAUACCUCCUCAAAGAAUUUCAACACAUUCCUCAGUUACCUCGGUAUCUGUUUUGGUUGUUUGUGCGUAGCUUAUUUCGGAAUUUGGGUAGUUCUCCAUCUAAUCAUAAAGAAAUUAGAGAUGAGAAAAGUAAUGCAUUUGGUCUCUGUCAAUUGGUAUCCAAUCAACCAUUUCUAUGUUAUGUGUAUUAACUGUAUGAUGGCUUAUGUAAUUGUAGUCGUAGCACUGAUGCCUGAUCUAUUUUAUAUACCAGGAUUGGAUUUAUGGAGUUAA